AUGAGUAAUUUGAAGAAGCUGAAAGGGAAAGCUGUUACUUAUGAAAAGGAGGAGGAAGGGAUGGAAGGAAUGAAGAAGAAACAGAAGUCAAGCCCCUUGACUGGAGGGAAGAAGGAAGAAGAAGGAGAGGCUUAUCGCCAGCUUUGCCGUCUCUGCAGUCAGAUUGACCAACUUAUGGACAGAGCUUCAAAGGUCAAGCAAGAGGCUGCCACAUUGGAUGAUCAUUUCAUAAGCCAGAUUCCUGUCCUCAAAGAGAAAAUACAGAAUCAUUUAAAAAUUGCCUCAAAGGGACAACAAAUCAAUGAGCAGUUGGUGUAUUACUUGACCAAAGAGGUGGCAGAAUUUGAGAAGGAAUUGCAAAAUGUGACUGCAAUUCACCAUCAACAUUCCCUGAUGAAAGAAUUCUUUCCUGAGGUAAAUCUAACGAAGAACUCUACAAAGGAAAAGGAGGGAAGUGAGAAGGAAGCAGUCCUUAAAAACCCAUCUGGGGGUCUACGGGUAUGUGCAUCUUGUGCCCAACCAGAACCAAAGCCCAAGACCUUCAAAAAGUGUGGUGCAUGCAAGGCAGAGAAUGUCCCUCAUCCAAACUAUUACUGUGGACGGAAAUGUCAAUAUGAACCUUUCUCUGGCCAACCACCUUCACCUCUGGACUUUGUGGACCUCAUCAUGCCCUUCGAAGUGAACCUUAGUGGAGGACUGGGAAAGGCGACACCAUCUGGACCAUGAAGACUGAAGUACCACCCAUUCAAGAGGCCUGUUUUUUUUAUUCAUACCACCUGUGCCAUUCUUCUCGUGUUUGGAGAGAGAGAUAUGGCGUUGUGUUCGGGAGGGGGGGAAAAAAAGUCGUGAAGAAAC